AUGCCGACUGAAGAAAAACGCGAAAAUGAUUCAUAUGAAUCAGUAAAUAAAGAUGAUAAGACUUUGGAGAGAAGAAUUAUUAGAAAAUGCGAUCUUUAUGUGCUACCAAUAUUGGCUAUGACAUAUUUGCUGGGUAUCGUCGAUCUUUCAAACAUAGGAAACGCCAUCGUAGCAGGAUACGACUACAAUUACCUUAAGACCACUCCUUUUUAUUUUACUCUUGCCAUAUCUACACAUUUCAUCGGUUAUAUGAUAUUUGAAAUCCCUUCAAACUUGGGUGCACCUGCAUUACAGAAACGUAAUUCGGAUUUUCAAAAAUAUGUCGUGAUUAUUAGACUUCAUGUUACUCUUUGCAAUCUUAUUGGUUGA